UUUGCUCUAGGUAACUUGUGCUCGGGUGCUCUUAGCUCAGACUCUCCCCACGAGCAAGAAGGGAUCUCCAUGUACCUGCGUUUGUCCCCCCGAAAACACGCUCACUGCUUCCAGGUCCCCAGGGCAGAGGGGCCCGGAGCUGCGAUGACGACGGGCGACUGCUGCCACCUCCCCGGCUCCCUCUGCGACUGCCCGGGUAGCGCCGCCCUCUCCAAGUCAGUGGAGGACUCCGACAUCGGGCGCCCACAGUACGUCACGCAGGUCACCGCCAAGGAUGGCCGCCUCCUCUCCACCGUGAUCAAGGCGCUGGGCGCGCAGAGUGACGGUCCCAUCUGUCGAAUCUGUCACGAAGGUGGAAAUGGGGAGGGACUGCUUUCCCCAUGUGACUGCACAGGAACACUGGGCACCGUGCACAAGAGCUGCCUGGAAAAAUGGUUAUCCUCCUCCAACACAAGUUACUGUGAGCUCUGCCACACAGAAUUUGUUGUAGAGAGAAGACCGAGACCUUUGACAGAGUGGCUGAAGGAUCCUGGUCCCCGCAAUGAGAAGAGGACCCUUUUCUGUGACAUGGUGUGUUUCCUGUUCAUUACUCCUCUGGCAGCAAUCUCCGGCUGGCUGUGUCUUCGUGGAGCCCAGGAUCAUUUGCAGUUCAACAGCCGACUGGAGGCCAUUGGACUCAUAGCACUAACUAUAGCACUUUUUACAAUCUACGUCCUUUGGACGCUGGUCUCGUUCCGCUACCACUGCCAGCUGUACUCGGAGUGGCGAAGGACCAACCAGAAAGUCCGCCUGAUGAUUCCGGCCUCGCGGAGCCCUCACCCCGUGCCCCACUCCCUGCUCUCCGCCAAGCUCCUGAAGAAGACCGCGGAUGAAACCACCGUCUGAGCUGUGCCGCGGCCGCCUCGCGCCGCGCCGCGUGGCUGCGCCCGCGGCCAAGGUGAGGGCGGCCCUCCGGGGCCAGCAGAAGCAGACAGGGCCGGGUCUCCCCACGCGUGCAGGGAGCGCAGCAGCCAUGGAAGCACUAGAGAGCAAUCAUCCCACCCGAAGGGACUUCGCAGUCAGCAUGUACUUUAUACUAUGGCAAACACAGAUAAUAAAGGUCUGUCAUGUGAAACGGCCCAAAAGAGCCAGGUGGCGGAAUAUGCCUGUCUGCAGGGACACUUUCCUAUAACUAAAUACCAUACGUGGAAAAUCUCUCACAUAUAUAUAUAUAUAUAUCUAUAUAUAAUAUUAUUUUUUAAUGGCCAUGAAUAUUGUGUUUCAGUCCUUUUGUGUUGAUGUUCUAAGCUUCAGUAUAGAAGCUGGCAGCCUGAUCUCAUUCAGAGGUUAAAUCUAUGCCUUUUCUCUAAAUGAGCGUAUAAAGAACACUUUUCAUUGACCGUUCUUGAAAGUCCCUUCUCCUUUGCACUAAAUUGGUUUUGAUAAUAUUGCAGCAGCCUUUCCCGUUACUCUUUGGUCUCUUUCGUGGUGUUUCUGUGCUUUCUAGAAAGUUACGUGUUUUUAAUAAUUAUUAUAAUCCCAGAAGGAGUAAAAUGACAUAAUACUGAAUGGAGACAUUUUGUAUUGUAAAGUACUGUAAUUUUGAGAAUUUCAAAAUAAGUUUCAAAAUCGGAAAAUCUUUUCCUGUGCAGACGUGAUCUCACAAAAUGCUUUCCCUGCAGAUCCUGGCUCAUCCCCAGGACUCAGAUGCGCUCAGCUCUUGGCUUGUCUGACAAAGGUAGAUAGAUGGAGGAUCUGAGGGUGGGAAGCGAUGGCUCGUACUAGCUAAACCCACCAUUGCCUUUUGCUUUUAAAAGGUUCAGAAAGGCUCUUUCCCAACCCCAAAAGCUGAGAAUAGGAGUCUCUGUUUUUGCUGAUGUCCUUACACAAUCUUGAGGCUGGACCUCUUGUAGUGUCAGUUAUACACAUACCUUCCAGGGACAGGCCAUGCUCUGCAGCUCUCGGCAGGACAUCUCGGCUGUCUCUGUGCGUUUUAUUUGCACAUUCCUUGGCAGCAGAGGAGCUGCUGUCAUUUGGUUCAUCCCUGAAAUCGCUGCCUGCCCAUUAUGUGUCCUCUAGCAAAACACCCCAAGUUCACUGGUUCCCAGAGGAGUACAGGCUCCGGGUCCCUUUCCUUGCAGGGCUGGCUUUCCUCCUCCUCCUUCAUCCUCCUGCAUUUCCAGCAUGCCCAGCUACCAAACCCCUCUACCCCGGAGUGGCCAAUCUGCUGCGGGUCUCUAGCACAUAGCAGAGAGUCUCUCCCUCUUCCUGAGCUUGGUGUUAGUCGUUGCCUCUCCAGCUCCUCGCUGCUGUGCCAGGCAUUGCCUGUGUUUGGUGCUGUGCUCUCCCGAGCCCUGCUUGCAGAACGGACCGUAAGGAUGCCAGCAUUGGCACUGCUCUGCUGAGUGCUCCGGAGGUGUGUGCAGCUGCUCAAGCAUGAGACGGCUCCUGGUCCUGCAGCAGUGAGGGUAGAAAGCAGGGAGGAGGCAGUCUCCAAGGGUGUCGUUGCAGGGGGUGGUCACAGAGCAUGUCCCUCAGUUCCUUUGCUGAUCCCAAGUGGAUCAGUUGAUGCCCUGCAAGACUGAGGCCUGUAAUUUCUUGAAUUUGCAGCACCACGUGCUAUUCCUGCUUCCUUCUAGCUGCAAAGCUGGAUAUUUUUUCUUGCGUGCUCCUGUUCCCUGGUUGUUGUUGGUUUUCUUUUUUUUCUUUUUUCUUUUUUUUUUUUCUGCCUGACCCUAGGCUGGAAGUCCCUGGUGGACAUGAGCAGCAGUGGCCAGUAUCCUCUCUCUCCGAAUAGGAUCGCUCCAGCCCCAGGGCUGGCUUUAUGUUUGCUUUCCUCCAUUUAUCUCCUGUCCCAUGGUUGUUCAUGUGGCUCAGUGAUAUCCCAGCACAUCCUGCAGCAACACCUGUGCAGCUGUGUGCCCCAGCGUACUGCUCUGGGCAGGUCUCUGCUCUGAGCACGAGGGUCUCGUUGGAUCACGGGGUGAAUGUUGUGGCACAGCCGGGCUGUGUGUCUCUGCUCCCCUCUCUCUGCUAGGCCCUGUCUGGCCUGUUCCCUUCUGCUACUUACCCCGGGCACCUUCCCUGCCUUUCAGCUGUCAUGAAGGGGGGGACUUGGCCCCUAGUGCUCUUGGAGGCUUGCAAUGAGGAGGCCUCUUCAGUCCAGCUGCAGCGGCAGUCCCUGCAAAGCCUCAGCAUCCUACGAGUGCUCACUUCAAAUCAGCUUGUGCAGAGGAACUGUUCCUGCUGCUCCCAGCUCCUGCCUCCUGCUCCCCCUGCGUGAAGGUUUGUCUGUGCACCAAGGCCCUGCAGUGGGCCCUCUGCCCCCGGCUCUGCUGGCUGCACUGCGGGAAGGGAGCUGCAGAUCCAAUGCGGGUGCUGCCUCCCGUCCCUUGGCAGUGGGCACCGCAGCACCACUCUGCCUUGUCCUAGGUACCCCUGCACUCAGCCUGUCCUAACAAAACCUGUGUCACCAAGACAUUCCCGCUGCAACAAAAAUUUGGGGAUUUGGUUUAACCUUCCCAGCCCUGGCUGCCUCCCAGGAGCUUUGUCUUCCAACGCAUCUAGUUCUGGCAGGUAUGUAAGGAUGUGCACUCCCACACCACGUUCCCAUGGUAAGGACUUCAAGGAGCCAGUGUUUCAGCUAGGAAACCCACUGUUGAUCCAAAUACGCAACUGUGAAAGCCAGAAGUCCCUGGCUGGGGCAGAUGGGCCCUGGCCCUGUGCUGCUGCACGGCCAUGGCUUCCCUCUCUGCUUCAUUGUCUUUAUUGUAGUUGCCAAUAAUUGGAGUUGUUGCAUGUGCCCCUGCAAAACCCAAUAGUGACUCUUUGAGUUCUUCUCCUUCUUCCCAGAGGAGAUGUUCAGCUUGUGAAUGUGGGAAAUCAGUGUCUCUGACCCGCCACAUUCCAGUGUCAUGGGGAAACGGGCUGUGCAAUUAUGUAAAUAAAAGUGAGACAAACUUUG